GGACGCGGACCGCGUCCGACUCGAUGAGCCGGAAUCCGUCCCGCCGUUCAAAAGAAGGGAAGGGGUGUGACCCGGUUGAAUGAAGGGCGACGGGAGACCCGGCCCCGGUGCCCGCCGAGGGUCCCCGCCUCGGCCGCCUCGCGGUCGGCGCCGUUACCGAUCCCUGUCGAUAUUCCCCCUCCAGCGCGGCGACGGCGGAGGGGACGCGCUGGGCGAUCACGGGUCGCGCGAUCCCUCCUCCUCGGCCCAAGUCGACGACCCGGAGCGGAGACGCACGCGGCGUCCCGAAGACGUCGCCCACGGGGACCGCUUCGGGCGGGGCGGCCUCGCCCUUCCAGAAGCCGGUCGGGCCGGCGAUCCCUCCGGGACCCCGACGAGGCAAGGGGACGCGGCCGGCGGGCCCGACGCCGAUGUUCUGUACGACGCGCCGUGCUCCCGGGUGUCAGAUCCGGCCGACCCCGAAGAGACGGGGGCCGCCGGCGAAGAGGGUCGUCCUCGGACCCCUCCGGGCGACGGAGCCUCGGGCGACCCGAGGGGGCUCCGGGAGGCCGGCGACGCGUCCCCCGAGAUCGCCGGGUUUGAUCGGAGGAGGAGCAGCCUCGGGGAUCGUCUGAAAAGAACCAUGGCCCUCAACGCCAAGGCGCCGCCGCCGCCGCCGGUCUCGAGGACUAGGCGGCUCAAGGACGCGAUCCUGUCGGAGCAGCUCGCCGCGGCCAGGGAAGCGGCGGAGUCUCCCUCCGACGACAUCGGUCCUUUCUAUUCGUUGCCCGGCAGAGUUCGAGAGCUCUUGGCCCGGUUCAGAGGGAUUAAAAAGUUAUACGAAUGGCAGCACGCCUGUUUAACACUGAGCUCCCUGCAGCAGAGAAAGAAUUUAAUAUUUUCACUGCCGACCAGCGGAGGGAAGACGCUCGUAGCUGAGAUUUUAAUGCUUCAAGAAUUGCUCUGCAGGCAGAAAGAUGUUUUAAUGAUCCUUCCGUAUGUGGCUGUUGUCCAAGAGAAGAUCAGGGGCUUGUUACAUUUCGGAAUCGAGCUGGAUUUCCUCGUCGAAGAAUACGCUGGCAGCAAAGGAAGAUUACCGCCAGUCAAAAGAAGGAGAAAAAGAUCCGUCUUUGUUGCCACCAUAGAAAAAGGUCACAGCCUGGUGAACGCCCUGAUUGAAACGGGAAGAAUGAGCGACUUGGGCCUGGUUGUGGUCGAUGAGCUGCACAUGAUCGGUGAAGGAAGCCGUGGGGCCCUACUGGAGAUGACCCUGGCAAAGAUUCUCUAUACGAGCCAAGCCACCCAAAUCAUCGGAAUGAGCGCGACAUUAAACAACGUUGGAGACCUUCAGCAGUUCCUGCGAGCCGAGUAUUACACCGGCGACUUCAGACCGCAGGUCGAAUUAAAAGAGUACAUUAAGAUAAACGAUACGAUUUAUGAAGUUGACGACAAAGCCGAGGCGGGCUUUACUUUCUCCCGCCUCCUGGAGUACAAGUAUUCCGCCGGUCAGCAGAAGCUGGAUCCCGAUCACGUGGUGGCAUUGGCGACCGAAGUCAUUCCAGAUCAUUCCUGCCUGAUUUUCUGCCCUACUAAGAAGAACUGUGAAAAUGUAGCGGAGAUGAUAUGCAAGUUCUUAAGCAAGGAAUACGUAAAGCACAGGGAAAAAGAAAAAGCUGAUGUCAUCAGAAACCUAAGGGCCAUCGGGGAUGGCAGCUUCUGCCCUAUUCUGAAGCACACGGUUCCAUUUGGAAUUGCCUAUCACCACAGCGGCCUCACUAACGACGAGAGGAGACAAAUAGAGGAAGCAUAUUCCGCAGGAGUCAUCUGUCUCCUGGCGUGCACGUCCACCCUGGCUGCCGGGGUCAACCUUCCCGCUCGCAGGGUUAUUUUGAGAGCGCCCUACAUCUCCACAGACUUCCUGAAGAAGAACCAGUAUAAACAGAUGAUUGGCCGUGCUGGUCGAGCUGGAAUAGACACUGUUGGAGAGAGUAUUCUUAUAGUGCAAGAAAAAGAUACACAUCUGGUACGGAGUUUAGUGGGCGGUCCACUGGAGAACUGUUACAGCAACCUCGUGAAGGAAAUCACCGGGGGAAUUCAGAGCUUACUCCUGUCUGUAAUUGGGCUGAAGAUCGCCAGAAAUGUCGAGGAAAUCUAUCACUUCAUGGGUGGCACGUUCUUUGGCGUCCAGCAGAAGAUUCUCUCGAAAGAAAAAAGCCUCUGGGAGAUAACGAGAGAAUCUCUGGAGUGCCUGAUAAAGAAGGGGCUUCUCCAAGGGAAGAUCACCUGGGAAAAUGAAGAAGAAGCCCACGGUGAUUUGCGCAUCACCAGGUUGGGCCAAGCCUCAUUCAAGGGGGGCAUUGACUUGGCCUAUUACGACGUCCUCUACGAAGACUUGAAGAGAGGUCUCCAAGGCCUCGUCCUCGAGAGCUGCCUUCAUCUCAUCUAUCUGGUGACUCCUUAUGACAUGAUUUCGCUGUGUAACCCUGACUGGAUGAUCUAUUUCCGACAGUUUAGUCACCUCUCCUCAGCAGAACAAAACGUGGCAGAAAUCCUUGGGGUCCCUGAAAGCUAUAUAAUGAGGAAGGCUUCAGGUCAAGCCAUAAAAAAGACCGUGGAUAAGAGUAUCGUCAACAGAUUCUACCUGUCCUUUGUUCUCUACGCACUGCUCAGAGAAACGGACAUCUGGAAGGUGGCCGAAAAAUUCCACCUGCCCCGAGGAUACGUUCAGAAUCUCCUUUCGAGGGCUGCCGCGUUUUCUUCGUGCGUGCUGCGUUUCUGCGAGGAGCUGGAAGAGUUCUGGGUCUACAGAGGUCUCUUCGCAGAACUUACUAAAAAACUGACCUUUUGCGUGAGGACGGAGCUCAUCCCUCUCAUGGAGGUUGCAGGAGUUUUAAAGGCUCGAGCUGAGCAGUUACACGGUGCCGGCUACAGGUCUUUGGCCCACCUCGCCAACGCGGAUCCCGGCGUGCUGGUGAGCACCGUCGACCGCCUGUCCCGACAUCAGGCCAGGCAGAUCAUUUCGUCGGCGCAGAUGCUGUUGCGUGAAAAAGCAGAAGCUCUCCAGGCCGAGGUGGACGAUCUGUGGCAGCUGCCGGAUGACAUCCCCCCCGACGCCCUCCGACGGCCGCCGUGACGUCCCCGAGCGUGGCAGAGGGCCGCGGUCGCACGCGGAUGCUUUCAAACGAGAGAAUAAAUACGUUAAAAAAAAAAAAAA